CCGGGGCAGGGCGGGGACAGCGCGAAGAUGGCGGCGCCCUGGGCCGGGCGGGCGGGGGCCGUGCUGCGGGACCUGGCCCUGCGAUCCGCCCGCCUGCGGGCCGGAUUCCCGACUGUUCAAUUAACCCCCAGACGAUGGCUCAACCUGCAGGAGUACCAAAGCAAAAAAAUAAUGGCAGACCAUGGGGUUACAGUUCAGAGAUUCUUUGUAGCUGAUUCUGCAAAUGAUGCCCUGGAGGCUGCUGAGAGACUGAAGGCAAAGGAAAUUGUUCUGAAGGCACAGAUUCUAGCUGGAGGGAGAGGGAAAGGUAUUUUCAAUAGUGGAUUGAAAGGAGGAGUUCAUCUAACUAAAGACCCUAAGACUGUUGAACAGCUUGCUAAACAGAUGAUUGGGUACAAUCUGUCAACCAAGCAAACUCCAAAGGAUGGUGUGACAGUUAAAAAGGUGAUGGUUGCAGAAGCACUGGAUAUUUCCAGAGAAACAUAUUUUGCAAUUCUGAUGGACCGAGCCUGCAAUGGACCCAUCAUGGUUGGCAGUCCACAGGGUGGUGUGGACAUAGAAGAAGUUGCAGUAACUAGCCCAGAACUUAUCUUUAAGGAGGAAAUAGAUAUUUUUGAAGGCAUAAAGGAUCAUCAGGCAUUGCAGAUGGCAAAAAAUUUGGGAUUCCAAGGACCUUUGCAGCAGCAGGCAGCAGAUCAAAUUAAGAAGCUAUAUAAUCUUUUCUUGAAAAUUGAUGCCACCCAGGUUGAAGUCAAUCCCUUUGGUGAAACUCCAGAAGGGCAAGUCGUUUGCUUUGAUGCCAAGAUAAACUUCGAUGACAACGCAGAAUUUAGGCAAAAAGAAAUAUUUGCCAUGGAUGACAAGUCUGAAAAUGAGCCCAUAGAGAAUGAAGCUGCCAAAUAUGAUUUAAAAUAUAUAGGACUGGAUGGAAACAUUGCUUGUUUUGUCAAUGGAGCUGGGCUUGCAAUGGCAACAUGUGAUAUAAUAUCCCUGAAUGGUGGAAAGCCAGCCAACUUCUUGGAUCUGGGUGGAGGUGUGAAAGAAGCACAAGUCUAUCAAGCAUUCAAACUGCUGACUGCUGAUCCAAAGGUUGAAGCAAUCCUUGUAAACAUAUUUGGUGGGAUUGUGAACUGUGCCAUCAUAGCCAAUGGUAUCACCAAAGCCUGCCAAGAGCUCGAGCUGAAAGUACCUCUGGUGGUCAGACUGGAAGGAACCAAUGUCCACGAAGCUCAGCGGAUUCUGAGUGAAAGUGGACUCCCCAUCACAUCUGCCAAUGACCUUGAGGAUGCAGCAAAGAAGGCAGUGGCAAGUGUGGCCAAAAAAUAACUCCUUGAAUGUCAUUCUCAUGGAAAGUACUUCUGCAUCAUUCCUGCUGUUGUUCCAGAGGAUGAAUGGAGUUCUCCUAAGCAGAGAUCAGGCUUGGGGGAAUUAACUGGAGAUACCUGACCAACCCAGGCCAUAGUUUGCAAGUUGGGCUUCAGAAAUUUUGCAGCUAAAAUCUUCAAAAGUUUGUAUGUCUUUGUCUAAUUUUGGUGAUUUUGUUAGUCACAACUGUAAUUUGGUCUCUCCUUUCAAAAUUGUCACUGUUAAACUCACAGUGAGAAAUUCUGUCUCAAAAAUUGACUUCUGUCAAGAGAAUUGUUCUUUUAGUAAACACUUUUAGGUCACCUAUUUCACAAUAUUUUCAUUUGUGUUUUUAUAUUGUAAAGAGUCAGCAAACUAACAGUGGGUUUAUAUUUUUUAUGGACUUUUCAAUAAUGUAAAAAGCUGUGCUUACAAUCCUAUUUUUAUUCAAAUGAAUGAUGUUUAUUUUCUUUUUUUUGGACGUCACUGGUUUUGCCUUAAGAUGAUUCUCUUUUGCUGAUGCCAAUGGAUACCUCACAAUAGGAAAAGGGACUGAGUAGUUGGUAAUGAAAGGAACUCCCACUCUUGCCAUGCCUAUAAACCAUUGAAAUGUGAUUCAUUUAUUUUCUAGUUUUUGGAAACACCCUUCUGUACUUCCAGCUGUAGCAAUGCCAUCCAGGGGGCUCCAGGAGGAGGUUUCUGCCACUAAGGAAAUGGCUGCUAACUUUUUAAAAUAUCCUCUUCUGUGAGAAUGUCACUGCUGUGAGGUUUUAAAGAUGAGAAGCUGAAGCAGUUUUCUCUCAGGAGCAUGGAGAAUUCUUCAGCUGAUUUAACUUCCAACAACCAUUUCUAAUUUAUUUGGAAUAAAACACAAAUUAACUUCUCCAUUUUGAAAGUAUUUGACUUCUCAGGCAACAAUAAAAGUAUGUAUAAGAAAAAAAACCCUAAGUUUCAGUACUCAGAUAUUGACCAAGAUUAAUUUUGAUUAUAUACUCUUUUUAGCAGUCAAAAUUCAAGCUGUUAGUUACACAAAUCAUUCAUUCAGGGAACAGAAGGCAAUAGUGAAGAUCUUGUGUAACUAAAGAACUUUGUGCAAAUUUCACUCUGCCCAGGAAUUAUGUGCUGAAAAUCAUCAAUAAAUUUGAACAGUGAACAAAUGAGGGGAUAUUAUGAUCUGGACUUGUAAAUGGGCAGAAAUAUAAAAAUUUGUGAAAUAAAUUCCUAAUUGUGAUUUUUUUUUUUUUUUUGAGCAGCUCUAAUCAAUACCAUGUUCUGCUUAGAAAAAUGUAAAUAAAUUUUUCUUGACAUUUCCAUUAAAACUGUUACAUUCAAAAUGAAUAAUCUGCACCAAUCUUUGGCUCCUGACACAAAUAGUGCAGAUGGGUUGCUAUCAUCAAUUCCUGCAGGUUUUUUCUUCUCCAUUCCUUUCUCUACAUAUUGCUCAUGAUAAAAAUGUGUGACCAUUAGAACAGCAAUAAAUAUGCCUCUAGGUCUGUAGCUAUUGACAGAAUGAAGGAGAAGGGUAUCCUUAGCAGCUUUCUUGAAGGUGCAUAAAAGCCACACUGAUCUGAAGGAAGAAAUGUUUACCUCACCACAAUAAAUAAGAGUCAGACUCUAUUUUGUAUAUUUUAAUACUGGAAAGUGAAGAUUCUGUGGAAGAACUGUUUGUGCAAUGUUGUCACACACACUGUGUCCCUAAUUCUGGUCUCAAAACCAUCCACUGUGCAAAAAUUAAUACUGUGUAUACCAUUUUGUCAAAUAAAUGUAAAAAUGAACAUG